AUGGAUGAAAAGGCUCAGCUCCCGCCUUAUAGCUCCAUCUCGCUGCCAGCGCCUGUUGGCCAACAGCAGCAUCGGAGCAGGCGAGCGUUACGUCGUUCACGCGGCAUCAGACUCUUUGCUUUGGCAUGUCUUGGAUUCAUUGCCUUUGCCCAAUGGCGGCAAAUUUCACCACGAAAGGAAACCACUUUAUCUAUUCAGAAAUUGAACGAGAACCUGCAGACAUGCAAGAAGUUGCGUGUCAAGCCUGAGGACCCAGUUGGUCUUGGACGCGAUAAGAAUGCCCGUUAUAUCGAUGGCGGAAAGCCGACUCUGAUCAAGAACGCUACCAUCUGGAUCGGAGAGCCUGUCGAGGGAACCGAUCAAGAGGACGCGCGUUCUGGAAAAGGCUGGGAGUGGGUGCAGGGCGAUGUUUUUCUCGAGAAGGGUCUCAUUCAACGUGUUGAAAAAGAUAUCAAGAGUGCUUCCCUGCCUGACAACACUAUUAUCUACGAGGCUCAUGGCCGUCGAUUAACGACUGGCAUUGUCGAUACGCACAGUCAUGCUGGCGUGUACCCACUGCCUUCUCUCCAAGGUAACUCUGAUGGCAAUGAGAUGUCAGACAACAUCACGCCCUGGGCCCGGGCUAUCGACUCGCUUCUUCCCUUGGAUCCCCAAAUCGAGGUCAUCAAAUCAGGCGGUGUCACGACUUCACUCAUUCUACCAGGCUCCGGCAACAACAUUGGCGGAGAAGCCUAUCUCAUCAAACAUGCCGUUGGCAAACCCGAUGGCCGCAAAGAAAUCAGCGCUCAGGACUUGCUGGCCGACCCUGAUCGCAACUGGCGGUAUAUGAAAAUGGCGUGCGGUGAGAACGCCAAAAAUGUUCAUGGCCGUGUUGGAAACAGACCUUUCAGUCGUAUGGGUGAAAGCUACGAAUUCCGUCAUGCUUUUGAGCAGGCCAGAGACCUGAUUCAGAAGCAGGAUGAUUGGUGUGCCAAGGCCGAGUCCCAUGGUGUUGAGUCCCUCGAUGAGUAUCUACCUGGCGAGAUUGCUUGGGAAUCUCUGUCCGCUGCUCUUCGUGGCCAGGUUCAUAUCAACACGCAUUGCUAUACUAUUCCUGACCUCGAGGCCAUGGUCGACCACACCAAUGAGUUCAAGUUCGCUGUUCGAGCUUUCCACCAUGCUCAUCAGACAUACCUAGUCCCAGAGAUUUUGAAGCGAACAUGGGGAGGGCGCGCUCCCGCAUCAGCUCUCUUCGCUGAUAACAUGUUUUACAAGACUGAAGCAUACAUCGGUUCCGAGUACGCUGGCAAGAUCCUCAAUGAAAAUAACCUCACAGUCGUAUACGUCAGUGACAACCCUGUCAUCAAUGCGCAGCACGUCCUCUUUGAAGCAGCCAAGGCACACCACUAUGGUCUUCCAUACCACGUCGCCAUGGCCAGUGUCACAUCUGCGCCCGCUGAGUUGCUUGGUAUGGGUAAGCGACUAGGAAAGGUCAAGCCUGGCUUCGACGCCGAUGUUGUUGUCUGGGACAGUGACCCUCUUAGUGUUGGCGCCACUCCUGUUCAAGUCUGGAUCGACGGAACACCUCAAUUCGAAAGCCCUGUCGAGCUGUCUAAGCAAGAGGAAGCUCCUGUGGCCAUUGAGAAGCCUGCUGGAAUUGUCGAGGAACCAAGCAAGCUCGAUAACGUGCUUUUCACCGGUGUCACCAAGGUACUUCUUGAAGAGGGCAAGACAUACGAUUCUCAGGGUCAGCCUGUCAAUGUGGUUGUCACCAAGGGUAAACUCUCUUGUGUUGGCAAAUGUAGCUACGAAUUUGAUACUGCAACUGCAACCGGCGCAAAGACCAUUGCACUCAAGAACGGUUACUUGACGCGAGCCUUUACGGCUGUGGGCGGUACCUUGGGUCUCAGCGAGAUCGAAGCCGAGGAUGUGACCAACAAUGGACCUAACCCGCUGGUCUUUUCCAGGGCUAUUGAUGGACUUGCGCUCGAUUCCAAGAAGUUGAACGUCGCAGCUCGCUACGGUGUCACCAGGGCUAUCUCAGCACCCAUCUUUGUGGGCGCCGCAACUCACUUCGGCACCAGCGUUGGCUUUUCGACUUCAGCAUUGACCACGAUUGAAGAAGGGGCUGUUUUUGCUCCCGAUCUGGCAGUUCACUACACUUUGGAUGUCAACGUCAGAGGCACAACUAGUUACUCUGCUGCUUUUGGUGGACUGAGAAACAAGCUACUCGCGGCUGUGACAUCCAACCAGCAGCCUGUUGUCAAUCCAUUCUCUGAAGAAGCCUACCUCAAGAAGGUGGUAAAUGGUGAGCGAGUCCUGGCCCUUACGAUCAACAGCGCAGAUGGAAUCGCGACAGCUCUUCGAAUCAAGUCUGAGAUUGAAAGUCUGUUCGAGACUUCCAGUGCGACGGGAGAAGCUCAGCGCCUGAAGGUGGCCAUCAUUGGUGGUGCUGAGUCUCAUAUGGUGGCUAAGGAGCUUGGAGAGGCCGGCGUUGGUGUUAUCCUGGCGCCACUGCAGUCGAUCGGUGAUAGCUGGGACUCACGUCGUGUACUUACUGGUGCACCGCUGACUAACGGUACGGUCGUUGAUGCACUGCUUGAUGCUGGUGUGACUGUGGCAAUUGGACUCCAUGAGGACUGGGAGUUGCGUGAUCUUGGCUUCGCUGCUGGAACUGCUUACAAGAACGGAGGCGGACGGCUGAAAGAGAAGGAGGCAGUUGAUCUUGUCAGCACAAACAUUUACAAGAUCCUUGGAGCAGACGAGAAGGUGACAAAGGACCCUGGACAUUUUAUGGUAACAGAGGGAAGUCCUCUUGAGAUUGGAUCGCGGCUUAAGGCUGUUGGUCAUGGAAGGGACCAGGUUUCUGUGUUUAUCUAG